AUGUUGCUUUCCGCUAAGAGAAAACCACUGAGGAAGAAAAAGCGCAUACGUCCAAUUGGCUCAUCACAGGAACCUACAAUUGGAUCUGAGUCUGUAAGUGGAAUUAAACAGAACAAAGGUGGAUUUACUCUUUCUGUUCGUUCUUCUAAACUAAUUAAAGGUGGAGCACACAUAAAAAAGUGUAAUGUUGCCCGUCUUGGAAAUCGAACUAAAUCAGAUGAUUAUAGUUUAGAUGGAGAAUGGACAGAGUCAGGUUCAAGGGAUGAAGAGUUUGAAAUCGGUACUGAAGAAAUGGAUGAAGACGACGAUAUUGAUGAGGGUGAUGAAGAAUAUGAAGAGGAUGAUGACGUUGAUGGAGAUCUAUGCGAUUUUGAUGAACUCAAAGAUCUAGAAGAUGAAAUGGACAAUGAAGCGUUAGACAUUGAAGAAGAAGAUCUGUCAGCUACACUGAAUCCCGCUGCCCAUCAAUUAACUGAAAGAGUGUCGGAGAUAAAAAUGACUGAAAGCUCUACUGAUACAGAUAUAUUAAAAACUCAAAAAGAUAAUACCGAAAAUGUUAGUGUAGAUGAAAGUGUUUCUCGUGAACUUUCCGCAGUUGACUAUAAUGACAACCAAACUGUGUCGUCUAGAACUUGUCCACCAGUUAAUUCUAAUUCACAAGAUAACUAUUGCAUAACUUCAGUGAGUGUCAGUCAAUUCAGUCCGAAAUCACAAAAUCUGGUUAGUCCUUUGGAUCCUUCUGUUGAUACUGUAUCAGCUGAAACAGCUCGUGUUGCAAGUGUUGUUCAUUCAUCAAAUAAAGAACUCAGUCCUCAUAUUGAUUUGUUGUCUGCUCAAUCGCCCCAGGAACAGUCAACGGAAUUAUCUGUGACAACUAGCUUGGUGGGGCAAAAUGCUAAUUCUGUUACACAAGCUACUACGCCAGCGGGUUUAAAUGAAGCCGCGGAUCUUAUGUUUAUGGAUGAUUACUUAUUUGGAUUUAGCGAUUUGGCUUCUACAGAUGAAACUGACUUAAACGAUAUAACCCCUCAACAAGUAUCUGCAGAUCAUGUAACAGAUCAAUUACAAGCUCCAAGUCCUUUACCAGUGGGUCAUUCAAAGAACCAGUUGAAACAACCGGUAUCAAGCGAAAGUCCAGGUCAUGUGUCUUUCAUAUAUUCUCAAAACAAUCAAAAUAUACAGUCGUCCGAAAGAUUCGUCAUUUCUAACAAAAUUGUCUACCAGUCACAGGUUUCGGAGCCUUUCAGAAUGGAAGAGUCUACUAACUCAGAAGGGAUGUGUUUGAAGCAGUUCGUCGCACAACAAGAUUUAAUAAGUUCGCCUUUCGACAAUCAAAGUCAACAAACUCAUCUUGGCUCUGCUAACAAACCUCAUUAUCCGAAGUCACCAUAUAUAGGUCAUUCAUCCACAACUUAUCUCCAGAUGGUUGAAGAGCAGCAUCCUCGCAAUAUGCAACGUACUGUGCAUCCAGAAUCGCAACAAUCUCAUCUAGUUAUUCAGGAUCAACAGACCCGUAAAACUGGACCACAAUCAGUCCAUGAUUCUUCCGAAGGGUCCUUGAAUCAGCUAGUCGAUACUGUCGAUGUAUGCCCUCCAAACAAUACAAUCUUAAAUGCUUAUGAUAUGCCGCCUCGUGAUACUAGUGGUCAUGAUCUUGGAUCCUCGCAAAAUGUACCUGGACCUCAUCCACGACAUUGUGUAAACACGCUUACGGGUAAUCUACCUGAGUUAUCAGUUAGUGAUAUUGAAACGCAACUUGGACCUUCAACUGGUUUUGAACUUAGUGAACCCAAUUUGGCUGACGACAGUCCAAAAUCAAUUAUACCAAAUGCUGUAUUUAGCAAUGAGUUGAGUACUACACCUCCACCUUCCGAAAUAUCUAUUCAGCGCAUGGCACAACAACGGCAAAACGUAGUUCAUCCUAAUCCUGAUUCAGUUCGUCAGUCUUAUUCUCAGCGUCCUGUAGAUCAGUGCAGGGAAUAUCAACCAAGCAACCAGUCCAUCAAUGUUCAACAACAUCAGAUUCCUCGCUCUUCUCUUGUGACGGUUCCAGUUCCUCAAAGUCAGGUUCGACCUAUGCAACAACAGCAUAUAGAUCCUCAAAGUGGUCGAGUGCAGAUAAGGAGUUCACAACCUUCAUACUUUUAUGCUCAUGUUGUUCCUGUUCCUGGACGUGUUUUAACUCAACCUCAAAAGCAACAUCAGCAACUUCAACGUCAGUCCAGUUCUCCUAUUGUUUUGCAAAGUCCAGUUCCACAAUCACCACAACAACAUCUUUCAGUGGUUAGUAGUCAUGGAAAAUUCAUUUCACAACCUCUUCAACCCAAAUCUCCUAACCCAAUGACUCCUCCACCCCCACCACCAUAUCCUUCUCAAGUAAUAAGACCUGGUAUGUGGCCACAACAACAACAACAACAACAACAACAAUCUCAUUCUCGUUUAAUUUCAUCUAAUCCAGGAGCUAUUAUGCUUUCUGCAACUGGACAAUGUUUAGUUCCUCAAGGUUCGAAUUCAGCACAGUUACUUAUGUCAUCUCCACAGUCAAAUGUACCUAUGGAUACUCAGCAUCUUAUUCCAGUUUGUUGUCAACAGAGCACUCAAAUUGAAUAUAUACAACGUCCAUGUGUAUCUCAUCCUAUGCAUGGCUCAAAUGGACCUCAACGAACUCCAUCAACACAGCAAAUGAUUGUACAUGGUCAGGUUGGAUUGCACAACCAACCUGUUCAUGUUUAUCAAACUGAUCAUAUCACUUCACCUAAUUCUCGUCAGUUUACAGGUCAUCCUAACUCUCUGUCUCCUGGAGUUCUUCGUUUUAACAGUGGUUCUGAGGAGGUGAUUUUAAGAUGUUCCACUGAACUUCAAAAUCCUAAUAAUGUAAUUAGUCCCAAUUCUAUGAGAUCACCGAAUAUGGAAGGGAAUACCCAUCAUGUUGUUUUGAAUCGACCAAGUCAACAAAAUAUUUUACCUUGUACAGCAUCAAACAACACACAAUUGUGUAUGCCCAAUUCAAAUUUGAACGUUUCCAAUUCAGCUAGUAGACGUAUUAAUUACCAUAAAUGGGAAGAAGAUGAACGUCUAGGUGGUCAGUCAACAAUCGCUCCAGUGUUGCAUGCAAAUAUAUCACAUCCUACACUGCGUGGCCAGUAUCCUGAAUUCACUGUUCGUGCUAAAGAAAUUAGCAAGCUUUGGCGUAGACUUUCUAGUGAAGAACGUGGAACUUGGGUGAUACAAGCUCGUAACAAUCGAACUACACUGCGUUCAAAUCAAACAAAUAUACCUACAACUAUGGGCUCAAUAGGGAUUUCUAACACAAUGCCACCUACACAGCCGUACUGCCAACCUAGUACAUUGGUCAAUCAAACAAUACCCUUACAAUCUGGUUCUGAGUUAUCUUAUCCUAUAGAAUCUCCUACAGCCUAUACGCGUCCGCAAAAUCGUACACCUCAUCAUAUUCAGUCGGAACAACAAAUGAAUACGAACUCGCCGCAACAGACAAAAGAGCUGCAUAGAUCGUUAACUCCUGAAAUUCCAAACAACAGUUAUGUCCAGGACCGUAUUCUGUCGUCGCAUAUGACUUCGAGUAGUAAUAGUAGUGGUGAUUCUGUUGGUGCUCACCAUCAGACAAUAAACAAGCCUCCUUCGAAUCAGGGUUUGACGUUCCCUAAUACCGAACUAAACACAUCUGGUAACGUUCUACCUCAACAACAUCAGCAAAUGAUUGGAUUAACAACACCAUCACCAGGUCCUUCCUACAUGGUUUCACCUGUGAAUUCCAGACCACCAUCCCGUCACCAGACAUCAUUACCACCUCCUCCACCUAUUUGGCCUCCUUCUGGAAAUAUGAAUUCAUUGAGCACAGGAUCUGUAAGUGUAAAUUCUCCUGCUAAUUUGAAACAACCAACACCACCACCUUCUGUGUGUUCGUCAAUGUCUCCUGCGCCCAUAAGAUCACCUGCUUCAAUACACGCUCCCACCCCAACUUCUUUUCAUAUUCCUCAUCCAUAUCCUCCACAUGGUACAAGUUCACUAACUAGUCCAGCACAAUCACCUGUCCCUCCACAGUCUCCGUCCAAUAUAAAUCAGCUAAUGAGGAGCAGCACCGCUGGAACAGCGACACCAAUGCCUUCGUCACAUCCUUCUCCUGUCCCACAAUCUCAUCAUACAAUUUUACCUAGUGGUCAUCAUCUUACUUCACAGAGUUUACUCCCCUCCGAAAGUUCAGUUAGUCGACAGCAAAACCAUUCUUUUGCUGCUUCUCAUCCUGCUACUCCUGGUACGCCGAAUAGUCAGUUAUGUGGUCUUGGGAAUACAUUUUCAGCGCCUACCACUCCUGGGGCUGGAGCUUCUCCGGGUAAUGUUGGUGUGCUUUCUUAUUCUGCCCCGACAAAUCCAGGGAAUGUUUUUAUUGUGGGUAGUUCAGCAAUGCAUGUCAGUAGGAUGACAUCAGAAGGUGAUACAUCUCAGUCAAUUUAUUCAAUAAAUACACUUCCACAAUCUUCAUCUAAUGAACAUGUCUCAUCGUCUUUACCAGUUGCUGUUGAGCAAGGCCCGUCUGUUGGCAAUUAUACUGGCUCACAACAGCAGGCUCAUACACAGCAAGGUAACUAUUCCAGUACCGAGUUGGAACGUCAACGUCUUAAGGAAAUUCUAGCUAAACAAGUUCAUCAACGUCAAGUUCAACAUCAACAUCACCAACAGCUCUUGCAACAACAGCAACUUCAUCUUGCUCAGCAGGAACAGGAACAUAUAAUGUCCCGUCAUCCUCUUUCCCAGCCCACUAGCGGACAGCAAGGUAGUUCCUGCUCAGGACUUGUUUACACGUCUAUGAACCAAUCCAGCAGUAACCUUGUCCACCAACAACCCAAUGAGUCUCAUUGUCAGCCAUAUGCUAACUAUAUUAAUACUCCAAUAUGGCAGCAACAUGCUUCAAUUCACGAUCCCUACCAUUCAGUAUCAUCGCAAAAUCAAGCUCAUCAGCAGCAGCAGUCAAUGAGGCAUGCUUAUUUUUCACAACAGGUUUCUGCUCAGCAUCCGGCAAUGUUUUAUCAACAGUCCCAAACAAGACCAGAUCCAGUCUCACCUAGUGGGUCGAGGAUCCUGACAUCAGUCACUUCUGGUAUUCCUUCAAUGAGUCCACAUGCUCCUGGUCAGUUUAUUUCCACUGCUAACCCUCCCACACAAGGGGAUUAUACCGGUGCUCAGAGCACUUCUGUACCUAAAGCCACACGAUUAACUUAUCCAGAAAUGUCAGAAUUAGUUCACCAACCUCAAAUGGCUCCUGAUUCUUUGCCUAGUAGUUAUGGGAUAAAUAACCAGGCUAUGAUGUCUACAAGUCGUAGCAAUCAACAAAUGGUACAUUCUAACACUAUGCAAGUUUAUCGUAACAACGUUUCUCAACGUAGUGAUCACCCGUCAUCAAUGAAUCCGUACCAUCAAAUGGACGUUGUCACUCCAUCUUCAUUGACUUCAAUAGAUAAUCAAUUAAUUUCUGACAUACCUCGGGCGCCAUCUGUAGCGACUGGUCUAGAAGAAGUUGGUUUUGAACCACCUAUCAUUGUGAGUCGUCUUGCCGCCAAAGAAAAACGAUGUGCACCAGUUAUUAAUGUCAAUCUACUUAGUGGUUCAGCUUACCAAACUGAACAUACGGUUGAUCAACAACGUUUGAGUUUUGAUAAUACUGAUGGAUCAGCUGUUAAUGGUGGUGGUGAUGUGGCAAAUUUUUCCUACAAAACCACAUCUGAGGAUGUAAGCAGGCAACAACAUGAUUGA